UAUUUUUUGUUCACUACCUAUAACGCUUAUUAACAGAAAAGUGUUAUAGGAAUGCCCUCGAUAAUAGGACCGGCGGAUAUGCAACACCAAAGAAAGUUUUUUGACAAGAUCACCUCUACAAAGGGCCAUAAUCGGUUCAUUCCUGCUGAAUCUAACGAUAGUAUACCGUUAAACGAUUACAACAAUUCUUCAAGAUUAUUUCAUGGCAUGCCAACAUCCAGCAGUACAUCCAUGUCGUCAUCUAUAUUCCAUCCCAAGAAUGUUUCUCUAAGUGAAAACUCCAAAUUCCUUAUCUGUUGCUUGAUGUGGUAUAUUUCAUCCUCCCUAUCAAGCAACACCGGCAAACAAAUCAUGAACUCUUUUAAAUACCCAGUGACGCUGACAUUUGUUCAAUUCUUAUUUGUUGCAGCUUGGUGUGCUAUUAUGGAACGAGCAUUCAAAUCAUCAGGAAUCAAAAAACCUACCAAAGUGAUUAUUCAAACCAUCGUGCCGUUAUCUCUUUUUAUGAUUGUUGGUCAUGUAUUUUCCAGUAUAUCUAUUAGUCGGAUCCCUGUGAGCUUAGUUCAUACAAUCAAGGCAACCGCACCGCUUUUCACAGUAUUGGUUUAUCGAUUUGUAUUUAAAGUCCACUAUUCAUCUAAAGUCUACACAGCGCUGAUCCCAUUAACCUCUGGUGUUAUUCUUGCCUGUUCAUUUACGCUCUCCAACAAUGUGAUUGGAUUAUCUUGUGCGAUGGGUUCAUGUUUGAUUUUUGUGAUGCAGAAUAUCUUUAGUAAGAAAUUGCUCUUCAAGGAAUCUAAAAUGGGAGAGAAUAACCCUAACAAACUGGACAAGAUGAACAUGAUGUUUUAUUCUUCUUCUAUUGCAUUUCUGUUAAUGAUUCCUCUUUGGGUUUAUUCAGACGGAUUCCGAUUCAUGACCAGUAUAGAAACACAUCGUGAUAUCAGUAAACUUCGGUUAGCCACCUACUUUUUACUGAACGGCACCACACAUUUUGCUCAGAACUGGUUUGCCUUUACUACCUUGAAUAUGUCUUCACCCGUCACCUAUUCGAUCGCUUCGUUAGUUAAGCGAAUUUUUGUCAUUGUCAUGAGUAUCCUUUGGUUUGGUCAACAAGUGAGUAUCACACAGAGUCUAGGUAUUGCCUUGACAUUUAUGGGUUUGUGGAUGUAUCAAAAGGCCAAGCGAGAGGUAGAACAAGGUGAGACCAAGGCACGCGAAGGAUCAUUAGAGUUGUUGCCUACCACUACCAAGAUACAUUAUGACGAAACAUUAGAUGAAAAGCCCUUGUUUUCACAACAACAGGAUACAUUGGAUAUUAAUAAUAACCCACAUCCAACAAUAUCCGUGAAAAAAUGGAUUGGAAAUCAUUUGCCUGGUUCAAAUGCUGCAAGAGAGACAAAACUUUUAUAGACAAUUUUAAAUAUAUUUUUUUGCAUUUUCUUAAUAUCCCCCUCCUUCCCAUCUUUUUUAAUU